AUGGACGACACAAGUGUAGCCAGUAAUGCCCCGUCAAAUCACUCGACCAAAGCUGGAACAUCACCCUGGGCCAACAAAUACAGAGGAGCAACAGUAGAAGACCUCGACCCACCGCCCGCCCUCUCCACCACACCCCUCGCCUCCAUCUCCUCCGCUCUCAUGUCCGCCUUCGAACGCGACUACACUCACCUCACCGUCCUCGACUCCAACACCAAAGCACUGCUAGGUUACAUCAGCACCCCACGACUCCGACAGCUACUAGAAACCGGACAGGUGAAGGAGAGUGAUCCAGUGGAGAAGGCGAUGGUGAAGUUCAAGCGGAAAGGGAAGAAGUACAGGCUCAUCACGCUAGAGACGAGGCUGGAGGAAUUGGAGGCGUUCUUUGAGGGAAACCUGGAUGGCGGUGAUGGGAAGGUGGGAGAGAAGCAGGACUUUGCGGUUGUAACAGAUGUGGGGAGGAGGUUUGUAAUGGGUGUGGUGACCAAGGAGGAUUUGGCGGAAUUUGUGCGCAGGAGGCCGGCAUGA